GUCCGGCUCACCCGCGCCGCGACAGCGGCCACAGCAAGGGGGAAGGAACCGCUCGCCGCGCAGCUGCCCCCUCCCCGCCGCCGCGGGCAGCCCCCACCGACAAUGUCGCGGCCGCUCCCGCUGAACCCCCCGUUCCUGCCGCCCACCUACGGCGUGCUGAAGUCCCUGCUGGAAAACCCGCUCAAGCUGCCGCUCGCUCACGAAGACGCAUUUGGUAAAGAAAAAGACAAAGAGAAGAAGUUAGAUGAUGACAGCACCGGUACCACAGUCCCUCAGUCAGCUUUCUUGGGUCCAACAUUAUGGGACAAGACACUGCCAUAUGAUGGAGACACUUUCCAGUUGGAAUACAUGGACCUGGAAGAAUUCCUCUCAGAAAAUGGCAUUCCACCCAGCCCAAACCAGCACGAGCCUAGCCCACACCAGUCAGGUCUCCAGCAAGCUACCUCAGCAUCACCUUCUGUCAUGGACCUCAGCAGCAGGGCUUCUACUUCAGUCCAUCCAGGCAUGGUGUCGCAGAACUGCAUGCAGAGCCCGGUCAGACCAGGUCAGAUCUUGCCAGCAAACAGGAACACACCGAGCCCCAUCGAUCCUGAGACUAUCCAAGUUCCUGUGGGCUACGAGCCCGACCCUGCAGAUCUUGCUCUGUCCAGCAUUCCUGGCCAGGAGAUGUUCGACCCUCGCAAGCGCAAGUUCUCCGAAGAAGAGCUGAAACCCCAGCCCAUGAUUAAGAAAGCUCGCAAAGUCUUCAUCCCAGAUGACCUGAAGGACGACAAGUACUGGGCGAGGCGCAGAAAGAACAACAUGGCAGCCAAGCGCUCGCGGGACGCGCGGCGGCUCAAGGAGAACCAGAUCGCCAUCCGCGCCUCCUUCCUGGAGAAGGAGAACUCGGCCCUGCGCCAGGAGGUGGCCGACCUGCGCAAGGAGCUGGGCAAGUGCAAGAACGUCCUGGCCAAGUACGAAGCUCGGCACGGCCCCCUGUAAAUCCACACUGGGCUGGUUUGGUUUUAUUUUUCCUUUUUUUUUCUUUUCUUUUUUCUUUUUUUUUUUUUUUUUUCUCUUUGUCGCGGGUUGGCAUUUGACUAGAUGGACAAUGUGUUUCCUGUUUGAUAGCACCACACCCAAACCAACCUUUCUGUCUUCAGCACUUUACCAGAAGCAGAAACAAAACUGACUUAGCGUUGGUUUUUGUUGUUGUUGUUUUUUUUUUUUCUCUGUUUGCGUGGACGUGUCCCUGCGUGUGUGUGUGUGCACACGUGCGUGCCCAGGUCUGUGUCUGUGGGUGUGCAUGUGAGUGGGUGUGGGUGAGCAUCUCAGCACUUCCCAUUUUUAUCAGCCCUCUUCAAAGGGUGCCACAUUUUUACCUGGACUGUUGACAACCGCCAUAGUAAGCUUUUUAUUAUCUUUUUUUUUUUUUUUUUUCUUCAGUGCUGCUUCAGAGUAGGGGUUUUAUGUUCUCGUAAUCAGUUCCAUCCUCCUGAUUUACUUGGAAAGAUCCCAGCAUAAAUUACAAAAAAAAAAAAAGGAAAAAAAAAAAGAAAAAAGAAAAAAAAGGUAGAUCUCAGUUUUUUUCGAGAGUAACAAGCUAUCGUUUUAAGUCUGUCUAAUCAGAAAAGUUAACAUGCUAAUAAAGUGCACAAAUAGUAAUUUAGUACUACACUGCAGAACUAUUAAUUUAUAGAUCGCUUUCGUUGUAUUUUUAAGUUUUGGUGAUAAUUGUCUUCAGAUUUAAAAGUGCUGUUAGACUGAGUUUAGCUAUACUCAUGAUAGAUCCCAUUCUGGCUUCUCUGUAGCUACUAAGGUUCCUUUUGUCCCCACGGAGCCCAGGUAGGUAGGUAGGAGUUGUUGGUAGAGCACAGUGUGCACCUUGCACUGCCUGUACCUGAAGCAAUAAUCCUGCGUGCAUGCUGCCCGGAUGUUCCCAGUGGGCUGGGAGGGUUCCCUGCCCACCAGGAGUCUGCUGUCUUUAACAAGGAGUUCCCAAAACACGUUCCCAUGAGCAUGCUGGCUGUGUCCCUGCUGUGGGGGAGCGCAUGUGGGAGGAGCAGGAUCAUUAGUUGAAAAUGAGAACAAAAUUAAAUAGUGUCAAAUCAGAUCUGAUGUCGAAAUCAGAGGGGCUUUUCUGUUUUCAGUUAGUUACUCCAUUUUGUGAUUAAAAGUUGAAUAAAUACCUAAAUUCAGUUGUUUUUUUCCCAUGUUUUGUAAUAUAUUUUCUGUGGAUUAUAUCUUGCUGUUUUAAAAAAAAAAUCACUUUUAUUCAGUUAGAAGAAGUCACUGGUUUGCAAAGCCCAUUUUUUCCUAGUGAUUGUUGUUUUGAGUGUGACAUGAACUGAUGGUUCUGAACUUUAUUGUUUUAAACUCUCUGCUUUUGAACAUGUAUGUUCUAAUAUAAAGUGGACUUCUGAAAAAUGAAUGUAAGAGACACUGGUGUAUUUCCGAGGGGGAUGGUGUUGUCAUAUACUGUGGUUAAUCCAAUCAAUCUAAGUGUUUACUCUAGACCAAAAGGAUAGAUAUUAUAAAAUGUAUAAAGUUUAUACAGAAUAAUUAUGUUCGUUUUGUACAGUAUUUUUCAAGUACAAAUACUGACAAUGUAUUUUGAAAGACAUAUAUAUAGCAAAAAGAAAAAGCUAUUCCAUGUUUAAAAUAUAUAGCAAAGAUAUAUAUUCUCCAUUAUUGUAUAGAAAGGAAAUGCUUAGGGGUGUGUUGGUCGUUGUUUUCUUCUUUUUUUUUUAAAUCCAUAAUAUUUUAGGCCUGGCACACGGACACGUUCUGUGCUUUAAAUUAAAUUUUUAUGGGAGUAAUAUGGCUUUCCAGGAUGUUCCAUAUUACUGAGAAAGAGAGACUUUUAUUUUUCAUCAGGAACACAUAAAGAAACUGUUUAACAGGGACAAAGCACAACAUGGAUUUUAGUCAACUAUUGAUUAGGCAUUACAAUGUUUUGUAAUGGCAGAAAAAUAAUAUGUAACACAAAGCCAUUCAUAGUCAUUUCCAAUUUGCUGCUGCUGCUAGAAUCUGUUUCCAGCUGGAUUUUUUUUAGUUCUAAACAGCUCAGAUCCUGUACACAGCUGUGUUACAGUCAGUAACGUGAGGAAAAUACGGUGCUACACGUCUUGCUCACAGUUUUCUAAGUGUUCUGCCAUGAUUUCCAAAUAAAAAGGUUGUUCAUUCCAUUCCAUCACUCAUGCUUCAGGAAAUGGCUGCAGAGAGCUCAGCAUUAAGAGCACCCUUGCAUGGAUGGCAUUUCUGCAGUGGUUUUCCACAGACAUGCCUGGCUGUGGGUGUCCUGCACCGUGCAGUGCUUGGUGUGUUCAUCAGAGGAGCUUCCAGGUGUGCAGCAAGGCUUGGGUGCAGGGAUGGCUCCAAAGGGCAGGGAUGGCUCCAAAGGGCAGGGAUGGCUCCAAAGGGCAGGGAUGGCUCCAAAGGGCAG